CAUUUUGCUCCGUCGCAGCUUCUGGUUUACUUGACAUCAGAAUCUCGACUCAUCUACACCUCACUUCUUCCGUGCCAUUUCACACAUUCCUCUUUGGCCUUACGUCUCUCGACCCUUCGCACCUCUCCGCUAUUGUCACAAUGCUCCGAACGGGUGCCGUCAGAGCGUUCUACGCCGCCACAAGGACCCAGAUUCCCCGACAACUACCUGCCUUCCGCGCCCAAAUUUCCUAUCCUCUCCAGCACGCAUCGCGAUCAAUUCCUUCGUUCGUCGUUCCCAGUGUAAGAUGCUAUUCGGCCUCUGCUGGUCUCACAAAGGACGAAGUCCAGGGCCGGAUAUUCGAUGUCUUGAAGAACUUCGAUAAGGUCUCAGACGUCUCAAAGAUUACGGGAACAUCGCAUUUCCAAAAUGACCUGGGUUUGGACAGCUUGGACACAGUCGAGGUGGUGAUGGCGAUUGAAGAAGAAUUCAGCAUUGAGAUUCCUGACAAGGAGGCUGAUGCCAUCCACAGCGUCGACCAAGCAGUUACAUACAUUGUUGCCCAGCCUGAUGCGCACUGAAGAAUACUGGUGAAUUGGAAUAGAUGAGGUCGAGAUCAAAAUCAAUCAUUGUACAGUCCCCCGAUGACGGAGAAGCAUCGCAAUUGUAUCAUUAUACUACAACCUGCUAGCUCACUGGGAUGCAUGCAAUGAACCAUGUUGGUUGUAUUCCUCUCCAAUCUGAUCGAGAUGUCUGUCACGGUGUACAACCACCCCAGCACUUUUCUUCCAGAGUCUGAUUGUUUCAAAACUUGGACGUCGAAUAAGUCAUGAUACUGGGACAUCUAUCAAAAUGAUACGGUGCAUGUGUCAUGCUAUUAUUCAAAGAGUGAUCUCUGAGUUUCUAUUCUUGCUAACAGAGCCCUCUUCCAUGAACCCGGUCUAAAUGGCUCCCGACUCCCUCAGCUCAAGAAUUUUGUCUUCGUUAUAGCCCAAAGUUGCGAGAACUUCGCUU